AUGGAGGAAAACGCUCAAUUGCAGGCCCGAUCUCGAUUCUACAUCGACGAUAGCGAAGAAGAAGAAGAAGAAGAAGAGCGCGUGAUGAUGGUGAUGCCGCGGCGUAGUUUGAAUUUGGCGAUGGCGCUUGCGGCGGAGCGUGAUUUGCGGAGCGCCGGCACCACCGCACAGAUGAAGACGCUGGUGAGGUUAUUCGAAGAAACGGACGGCCGCGAUGAGAACAGCACCGCCAAAGAUGGCAUCGGCGACGGCGGCGAAAGCUUGUGCUGCGUGUGCAUGGAGAGGAAUAGAGGCGCGGCUUUGAUACCGUGUGGGCAUACCUACUGUAGGGUGUGUUCCAGAGAGCUAUGGUUGAAUAAAAGGACAUGCCCGUUAUGCAACCUCUCAAUUCGAGAGACCCUUCAUAUUUUCUGA